AUGACCAUCAUCAAGAACGUCGCUUUACUCGGCAAAGGGUUCCUCGGCUCCGCCGUUCUUGAUCAGCUCGUCAAAGCUGGUUUCAGCGUGACCGUCCUCACUCGCUCCCGCAGCUCCAUCCAGGGAGUCCCAACCGGCGUUGAAGUAAAGGAAGUCGACUAUGCGUCCGCAGACAGCCUGGAGAAUGCUCUCCGUGGCCACGACGCCGUCGUCUCCACCGUCAGCCCAGCAGGAUUCAUGAUCCAGAAACCAGCCAUCGACGCAAGUAUCCGGGCCGGCGUCAAGCGCUUCAUCCCAGCAGACUUUGGAGCUCUGUCCACCGCCCCAGAGGCCCAGGGUCUCCCCGUGCAUGCUCGCCCCUUGGAAAUCCAGAACUAUCUCAAGGAAAAGGCCCAUUCGGGAGAGUUGGAGUACACCCUUUUUGCCGUGGGCGUGUUCUUGGACUAUAUAGUCUCCAGGCCCACUAUUGUUGACUCAGUGAACCGGACGGCUGUGCUGUAUGACGACGGCGAGCAUCCAUUCAGCGCGACUAGCCUCGCUAGUAUUGGGAAGGCCGUAGUUGGGGCGUUGAAGAAUGCCGAUGCCACGAGGAAUCGCGUGCUUUAUGUACACGACAUGGUUUUGACGCAGAGGAAAGUUUUGGCGUUGGCGAAAAAGUACUCUCCACCUGCGGAGGCGUGGACCGAAUCAAGCGUCGAUGCUGAAGCCACACUUGCUGACCUUGGCAAUCAAAUUUCAGAGAAGGGGAUGCAAAUGCCUCUGGUUGCAGGGUUGUUCAAGGCCGCGGUCCUCAGCGGGAAAUAUCCUUCCGCGUAUAAGAAGGUGGACAACGAGAUGUUGGGUCUGGGGAUCAUGGAUGAAGAGGCGUUGGAAGCAAUGUUUGCCGCAAACCUGUAA